AUGACAAAUAAUUUGGUGGUGAGAAUAUUAGCACCUGUCCGGAGCUGGUCGGUGGAUGUGACAUCCGGUGACGACCAACUAACUGUAUAUGAUCUCACACCACGAGACUCCGAGACUCAGACUCAGACUCAGACUCACUCAGAGACUGAGACUGAGGCGGCCGUCGGCUGCGGACAUUGUCUCGGAGUCCGGGCGAGGCUCCGUCAGAGGGAUCCUCGUUAUAUACCGUUAGUAGAGACGCGACCUCGCCGCGAGCUGGACCUCCACCCCACCCCCCCCCCCGCCCCGCACAUGCCCGCUAUUUGUCAAAAUAAACUGAUACAUUUCCAACCACAGCAAACCCACAAGCUAAAUAUGACAUUCGACCUUAUCGGCGGUGAAUUAGAUCCAUCAGGAGGGGCGAGCGUGGCCCGGGUCCAGGAGACCGGAGACCGGAGGAUGGAGGAGGGAGCCCCCGCACUAUUAAUAACAGGCGACUUUAAAUCAAAAGUGAUAAGAAUCAGUUCGCAUCGACAAGCCAGCGUCAUUAGCGAGAGACCUCCGCCGGCGAGGUCCAGCAAAACAUACAUAAUUAUUUCUGUUUCCCUCAACUCAGCAGCUGCUCUACAUCCAGCUCGACGCUGA